UCAUGCCUGAACCAGCCAAACCCGCGCCCAAGAAGGGCUCUAAGAAGGCCGUCACCAAGACCGCCGUUAAGGGAGGAAAGAAGCGCAGAAAGUCCAGGAAGGAGAGUUACGCCAUCUACGUGUACAAAGUGCUCAAGCAGGUCCACCCCGACACCGGCAUCUCUUCCAAGGCGAUGGGCAUCAUGAACUCUUUCGUCAACGACAUCUUCGAGCGCAUCGCCGGUGAGUCGUCUCGUCUCGCGCACUACAACAAGCGCUCCACCAUCACGUCGAGAGAGAUCCAGACCGCCGUGCGUCUGCUGCUGCCCGGUGAACUCGCCAAACACGCCGUGUCCGAGGGCACCAAAGCCGUCACCAAGUACACCAGCUCCAAGUAAAGC